GAUAAGCACAGAGCCAGCCUUAAUAUAAAAAUGAUACAUUUCUGCUUCUGAUAAAAUGGAAGGGGCUUUUUUUUCAGUACACGAGAAGGAGAGGGCGCACAGGGAAAGUGAAAGGGAACCCUAGUUGAGUUUUGAGAUGGGGGAUUUGGAGAGUCAGGUGGUGGAUGGAAAGAUGGCUGUGGUGGAUGUGGAGGAGCAGGAGAAGGAUAGGCUUAUGGAGGGAAUGACAAUCUUGGAUUUUGAUGUGUUGUGUUCGACGGUGGCUUUGCAGACUCAAGGGAAAUGGAGGAAACUAGAAACUGCAGAUUUUGAUGCUAACGAUGCUAUUGGAGGGGAAUUUGGUGGUGUUUUUAGGAUGUGGGAAGGAGAAGUCCUUAAUUGCUUCGAUGACCGCCGCAUCGCUAUUGAAUCCCUUUGUUGUCCAUGCUACAGAUUUGGGAAGAACAUGAGACGAGCUGGGUUUGGUUCUUGUUUUCUUCGGGGAACUGUAUAUUACAUUCUUGCUCUUAGCGCGCUCCUCAACUUCAUUGCCUUCAUAAUCACCAAGCGGCGUUGCUUUCUGUAUUUGGCAGUUGCUUUUACCAUUUCAAUAGGAAUGUAUUUGGGUUUCUUCCGCACACAGAUGAGAAAGAAAUUUAAUAUCAGGGGUAGUUAUAGUUCCUUGGAUGAUUGCAUAUACCAUAUUUUCUGCUCCUGCUGUGCGUUAUCCCAGGAGUCCAGAACAUUGGAGAUGAACAAUGUCCAAUAUGGCACCUGGCAUGGUCGGGGUGACACAAUAUGCAUAGGUAGUUAUAGUGAAGGAAACAAGGCAAUCUAUGAACUACACCCGCCUCCUGUCGUCUCAACCAAUUCCUCUGAUAUUGGUGACCACUCUUGACCUUGGGAAGUUUGGACUUUUGGAUACCUUGAUCCUCAGUCUCAAUCCAGACUACAUUUACAUGAUAUUGGCGUUCCACUCGAUUGUUUUGAAGAGAGAGAUUAACUGCAGGCCAGGUGGGACUUACCUGCGAGAUUAGCUAUCAAACUGAAGCGUAAUCUUUGCUGUUCUACUUGAGGCCACUGCUUGUUUGGAUCAGGAAAAAUGAUCUGUUCUGAUGUAUUUUAUGAGGAAGAUGUUUGCUGUCCAUGUGAUGGGCUCUGCAGAGAUUGUAUUAAAACAAGUGUGGCCUUACUAGGGGAGACCCUCUUGCUUUAGAUGCUUAGUGGUGGAAAAUUGUUGUCGUUGUAUAUUUAUUCUGUCGAAUUUGCGGUAGCCUCAUUCAUCUCCACACGCUGAUUUUGGAGUCUUUGAUUUCGGUUUGGUUAAA